AUGGCCAUCACCAGAAAUUCGAAAAUGAAGCUCCGCCCCAGAAAUCAACCGCCGCGGGUCUCGAGAGCCAAACCAAUGAAAAAGAAGGCUAUCCCAACGAUUGUGACUGGAGAGACUCUCCCACUUUUCUCCAGAUUGAAAGAUUUUGGAAAAAAUUUGCUGUGCAACUUCCCAGGAACUGCCUUCUUCACCUCCAUUGUGGUGAAUGUUCUUGGAGCCUAUUUGAGCAAAGCUGUCACCGAAGCUAUCAAACUUGGGAAUCAGAACCCCCUCCGCAAAAAAGCCGUGAAGUUGGAUGAAAACCAGUACUGGCGCAUUCAAUUUUGUUGUGGGCCGAAAUGCCAAUGCUCUUCCGAAUGUUCCCUAAAGGGGCUUGACGAAAUCGACAAGGACCAUAACAAAAAGUUCGAAGUCUACCGUGAGGAAGAGAAAAUGGGAUUCUGUGUUUCAACAAAAAAAUAUAUCGCCAAAGGAACCCCCGUCAUGUCUUUCAAUGGUGAGAUAGUUGGAAAGAGAGCCCUGGAGAAAGGAUCGGAUGCCGAGCAAUAUUCUUUAAAACUCAUCGACCAAGACCAAGCGUUGAUUGAGUUUUUGAAGACUGCUAAUUUUCUGGCCAAAAAUCUUCUCCGCCCACUUGCGACCGCCUUCGACAGAGUUGUUUUCAUCAACCCUCUGAAGUAUGGAAACGUGGGCCGUUUUUUGAGCCACAGCUGUCGUCCAAACCUGGAGAUGAUGCGCAUUUUCCAAGGAGGAGUGAGCCCGGGACACAUGCGCAUAGUGUUCAUCGCAAACUGCAACAUUAAAGCUGGAGAGAAUCUUAGUUUUGAUUACGGUUAG